CUGCUUCACACCCCCAAGAACAACACAUCCAAGAUGUCGCUCCAGUGGCUGGAGGCCUGGAGCUGGUCGCUGGACGGUUUGAGGGACUGCAUCGCCACUGGUAUCCAGUCGGUGCGGGACUGCGACACCACCGCGGUGGGGACCGUGGCCUGCCUGCUGGUCCUGUUCGUGUGGUAUUGCUACCACGUGGGCCGGGAGCAGCCCCGGCCCUACAUGUCUGUCAAUGCACUCAUGCAGGGCUCGGAUGCCAGCGGGCUACAGAAUGGGUACGUGUACUGCCAGUCAUCUGAGUGUGUGCGCUGUACCCACAACGAGGGCCUCAACCAGAAACUUUACCACAACCUGCAAGAGUAUGCCAAACGCUACUCCUGGUCCGGCAUGGGCCGCAUUCACAAGGGUAUCCGCGAGCAGGGCCGCUACCUCAACAGCCGUCCUUCCAUCCAGAAGCCCGAGGUCUUCUUCCUGCCCGACCUGCCCACCACCCCCUAUUUCUCCCGGGACGCCCAGAAACACGAUGUGGAGCUGCUGGAGCGGAACUUCCAAACCAUCCUGUGUGAGUUUGAGAGCCUCUACAAAGCCUUUUCCAACUGCAGCCUGCCGCAGGGCUGGAAAAUGAACAGCAGCCCCAGUGGGGCAUGGUUCACCUUUUACCUGGUCAACCAGGGCGUCUGUGUCCCCAGGAACUGCCGCAAGUGCCCACGGACGUACCGCUUGCUAGGAAGCCUGCGGACGUGUAUCGGGAACAAUGUUUUUGGGAACGCGUGCCUCUCCGUGCUGAGUCCUGGUACUGUCAUCACGGAGCACUACGGGCCCACAAACAUCCGCAUACGAUGCCACUUAGGUCUGAAAACACCAAGCGGCUGUGAGCUGGUGGUGGGGGGUGAGCCCCAGUGCUGGGCGGAAGGUCGCUGCCUGCUCUUUGAUGACUCUUUCCUACACACGGCAUUCCAUGAAGGCUCAGCGGAGGAUGGCCCCCGAGUAGUGUUCAUGGUUGAUUUGUGGCAUCCAAACGUUGCUGCAGCUGAACGGCAGGCCCUGGACUUCAUCUUUGCCCCGGGACGAUGA